CAUGACGGACAAGUGCUUUCGGAAGUGCAUCGGGAAGCCCGGUGGCGCGCUGGACAAUUCGGAGCAGAAGUGCAUCGCCAUGUGCAUGGACCGGUACAUGGACGCCUGGAACACGGUUUCCCGAGCCUACAACUCUCGGCUGCAGCGGGAGAGAGCCAACAUGUGAAGCGCCCUGGCUCCUGGACCAGGGAGGGACCAUGUGGGGAAGGGACGAGUGGCCAGUCCAGGUGGUUGGGGGCGAAAUCCUGCCUUUCCAGCCCCUGCCAUGGCAGAGCAAUAAACCCUCGCUGAACCUUUUGCAUCCAUUGGCUUUUAUUAGCACCAGCCCCAGGAGCGAGUGAAUUUUCCAGCCUUGAGAGCCACUGUGAGCUGCUUGGUUUGCCUCACGCCCUUCCCAACGGUCCAGACUGGCCAAGGCAUAUAGCAGCUGAUAAAUCCCUGCUUAAAGGGCUGCGAGAGGCAAGGAUCCUUCUGUGGAAAAGGGGGGCCAAGCCAGCAACAGAGUCCCCUUGCCCAGGAAGCGAGCAUGGACCCAGCCAUCAGGUAGUUACCCAGUCCCUUUUCAUCAGUGGAAAAGCUGCCAUAAGAUGCUCUACAUGCCAUACUUGGCUCUUUCUUCCUUUGUAUUUGUAUAGAUAUAUGUGGGGCUUGCUUUUGGGCUCAUAGGCUUUGACUCAGCUCAAGCAGUGUGUUGGGGAGCAGGGGUGCUCUUAUUAGGUUUGCAGCACAGCCUUGCAAAUAGUGGUACAAGCACAACUGGGGAUGAAAAGGGUUGGGAAGUACUUAGGUUGAUUUCUUUAUAGAAUAAAAUGUGUUGUGUGGCUGUGA